AUCACGAAAUGGGUUCACUGUCUUUCACCAUUCCAAAGCGCUUGUUAACUCACGACCUGUCGAAUGCGGGGAAUACCCGAGCGAUUGAGUCUUACCGGAUGUCGCUUUAUCGGGAUUUCAAAGUCGUAACCGCCGACAGGAUGUCGCGAUAGCUUGCACCUCACUACUCCGCAUCAUGAGCGAGCCGGUCGACUUAUAAAAUGGCAUUAUUUGCGCCUGAUGGGAGUAGAAGGAAAGGCAAAAUUAAGAUACAAAACAAUCGAUCGCAUUUACCACCUACAUCUGAAAUCUGAAGCAUUCCGCCAGCUUGAAUUAUGGCUCCUACAGCUAUUGACACCGAGGUGCCUCUCCACACCAGCAACAAGACCUCACUUCCGACCCCACUGAAGUCGUCGAAUUCAUUGGAACAAUAUGAGUCUUUUGAUGUUACCCCGAACAUCGGUCGCGAGUUCCCAAAGGCAAACCUGGUCGACUGGCUCAAUGCCCCCAACGCCGAUGAGCUGAUUAGAGAUCUUGCCAUCACGAUCUCGCAACGUGGUGUCGUCUUCUUCCGUGCUCAGGACAACCUGACCAAUGAUCUGCAAAAGCAACUAAUCCUCCGAUUGGGAGAGCUCACCGGCCGACCCUCCGACUCCGGGCUCCACAUCCACCCGGUCCUCAACUCGGAGCGGGAACUGGGUGGGGCUGACCCGGAGAUCAGCACUAUCAGCUCUGUGCAGCACAAGAAGAUCUAUCGCAAGCCUUUGGAGGGUGAGGAGCUUAGCCCCAAGAAGCAGUCGACUGCACAAUGGCACAGUGAUAUUGCUUUCGAACCUGUCCCGGCCGACUACUCAUCUUUGCGCCUCGUUGAGCUCCCCAAGACUGGCGGCGAUACUCUUUGGGCAUCCGGAUAUGAGAUUUAUGACCGUCUCAGCACUCCCUACCAGAAGUUCUUGGAGAGCCUUACAGUCACUUUUGAACAGCCUGGUUUUGCAGCCGCUGCCGAGCGUGGCGGCUUUCAGCUUUAUGAUAAGCCGCGUGGUAACCCGAAGAAUAUUGGCAGUAUUCUGAAAGCCGUUCAUCCCGUUGUACGAACGAACCCUGUCUCGGGUUGGAAGAGUGUCUUCCCUGUCGGCGGCCACGUGAAGCACAUCAACGGCGUGACGGCAGAAGAGAGCAAGCACCUGUUGGAUUGGUUUCUGGACAUCUUGCAAAAGAACCAUGAUAUCCAAGUCCGUUUCAAGUGGCAGAAUGCCAAUGACAUCGCCAUUUGGGACAACAGAAGCACAUUCCACACAGCAACCUUCGAUUAUGACGAUCAAGGAGAAAGAUUUGGAAACCGGGCGGUUGGAAUUGGUGAAGCGCCUUACCAGGACCCCAAUAGUAAGGGACGUCGGGAGGCAUUGGGAAUCUCUUAUGUGACCGGACCUUGAAUAUGAGCAAAUGGACUAUUAAGUACUUGAAGAUGCCUCAGACCUUCAAUUGACUCCUAAAACACACACAGUGUGGAACCAAUGGCCGGAG